GACCACAAAAUAUUAUUUUAUAAAUUAUUUAAAAGAUGCAUACAUCAAUCUACGUGUGCCUGAUUUCUAUUGUGUUAUGCUACCCAAAAAGUAUUUUAUGUUCAACAUGCACUAAAAAUUCUUGCAGCAUAUCAGAGUUAGGAGGAUGCAUAAGAGACAUUUCUAAUAAUGUUCUAGAUGCAUUAACAAGACCUCAACAAACUAUUCAUUGUCAUCUCGGUCCCAGAGAUUGUUCCGAAAUUAAAAAAAACGGCAUUAAUAAAUCUGGAAUUUAUAGAAUUUGGCCGUUGAACUGGCAAAUCUAUGGUAGUUUCUUGGUUUACUGCGACAUGGAAACCGAUGGUGGGGGUUGGACGAUUUUUCAAAGGAGAGGAAGAUUUGAUCAGCCAAAAGACUAUUUUUACAAAAAUUGGAUUGAUUAUGAUGUCGGAUUUGGUAACUUAAGCCAGGAUUUUUGGAUAGGAAAUGAAAGAAUAUUUUCUUUAACGAAUCAAGGAAACUAUUCCCUUAGAAUUGAUAUGAAAGACAAAGAAGGUAACGAAGCUUAUGCGUUAUACGACGAGUUCUGGAUUGAAAACGAAAAGCACCAUUAUAGACUUCAUAUUUCUGGUUAUAAUGGAACUGCUGGAGAUUCUUUGAGUAGACAUAACAAUGCGAAAUUUUCCACGAAAGACAGGGAUAACGAUUUUUCAAACAAUAGCUGUGCGCAACUUUACAAAGGUGGAUGGUGGUACGAAAACUGUCAUUUAUCUAAUUUGAAUGGUCUUUAUUUCGAUGGUCCUCAUGAGUCCUAUGCUGAUGGUAUAAUCUGGUAUACCUGGAAAGGAUAUCAUUACUCUUUAUCUGAAGUCGAAAUGAAAAUACGGCAAGUUUAACAAAGGAUAUUCAAAAUAUUUUGAAAGUUAAAAUAUAUACAAUUAAUGAAGAAGUAUUUAAAACCUUGGCACAUAAAUAUAUUUUUUUCAAAAAGCAAAAAACUCUUUCAGAAUUGAAGUUAGGAUUACUUUCUCAUAUGGAACCUCAUAAGCUUUAUUAAGACUUUGCAUGUAAGAUAAGAUAUAUCAAUAUAUACUGUUUAGACGCAGCUUUAUAUUAGAGGUUAACAGCAAAGUAUUGAUUUGAGAAAACUUGGAAAAGCAUUAAACUUUGUUCGUAACCACAAAAAGUGCAUUUAUUCCUUUUUAAAAUCACAAGACUUUAAAAUUUAAAAUCUGAAUUUUAUAGUAAAAGUUUUAAAUGUCUUUUUUUAAUUAUAUGAACAAGGCAAAGUGUUUAUAAUAAUCUGAAUUUAUGUACUUGAAUUUACCUGUAAAUAUUUUAAAUAUAAAUUUACUAUAUUACAUUAUAUAUAUAUUACAAUAUAGUACAACACACUACAAUACAAUUAUAAUAUGCAUAUUUUAUACUACAUAUUAUGUAUAUACUGUACUUGUAUAUUACAAUAGCAAGUCUUAUUAAUCAAAUGUUUCACAGAUGGCAUAAAGUCAGCCCCCAUGCAUUUGGAUUAUUGAUGCAUUGCAACUGUUGAUGACCAUUCUAUUCUGAAAGAUUAUUAAAUCAUUUUACUUCAAUUAAUCCUACUUAUGGUUUCUAAAAAUAAUGCAAGUUCAGUGGUAUCGAACGUAAAGAGCAUUUUACAUUUAAUAUACGCUUAAUUUUAAUUUAAUUUAUUCAGAAUUUUUCGUUCUAUAACUGUUGGGUUGAAUAGUUUUAUGAUAAUUUGUUGGCAAUCGUCUUUUGUACGCUAUCGUAACGUUUGUCAAAUCGUAUGUUUAAAAUUAUGUACAAGUAUUACUGAACGGUAUAAAAAGUAUGUUCAGUAUGAUAUAAGAAGAGUCGUAAAUGAGUAAAAUUAUUUUAAAAAGUUCAAUACACAAAUCUAAAAUAAAACAUUUAUUUAGUAUUAAUUUUUUCUUGUACAGUAUUUGUUUGUACUUAUUGAGUACUAUUGCUCAUUAAAUUCAAGCCUCCUCUGAACAUUUAAAAAAG